AUGUCAAAAGCUCCACCAAAGAAAAAGGAGUUGUCCUCCAGCCGAGUCACUUCAUCACAAGGACAGACACCAAAUAAAGAAGCAUCGUCCCUGGUGGCUAGUGCCUCAGAGGGCCCAGGAGAGCUGAGGAGAUGCCGCUACCCCAUCUGGCCGGAGUGGAGUGAGGCAGAGGUCAACACAGAGAAAUGGGAUGCGGCCAAGGGCGCUAAGGAUGGAAAGAUGGGGAAGAGUCCAUUUUUGCCAUUCUUUGAGGAUCCAGAGGGAAAGGUCGAGCUGCCUCUGUUGCUGAAAGUGCACUCAUGGAAGCGCCCUUCAGAGCACAUACUCACCAAGCCUCCGGUAAUAGUGGAGAACGAAUCAUCAUUUGACCUGACCGCAGCCAAUGAACAUCUGCUCUGUAGUGAGCUCUUCAGGUGGAUAGUGAGUGAAAUCUACAUAGUGUGGAAGAUCUACAAUGGGACGUCAGUAGAGCAGGGGUCUGACGUCUGGAAGCCUUGGGAACACAUCUACUCCCUGUGUAAGGUGGUCAAGGGCCAUAUGCCUCUCUAUAACGUCUAUGGGAAGUACGUGGUCAAACUCUACUGGAUGGGCUGCUGGAGGAAGAUCAUGGUGGACGAUGCGUUGCCGUUUGAUGAGGACAACAACCUGCUGCUUCCUGCCACCACCAACCAAUCAGAGCUGUGGCCCAUGCUGCUGGCCAAGGCCAUCAUUAAACUGGCCAACACAGAUGUGGUGUCAGGACAGAGGAAGGAGCUGGGAGAGUUCACUGUCAUCCAAGCUCUGACCGGAUGGAUCCCUGAACUCAUCCCUCUACAGUCCCGGUACCUGGGCAAGGUUUGGGACUUCCUGAAGGACACCGUUCCCAAAUUCCAGUAUGUGGAGGAGAGCUCGGAGGAGAAGCCCCUGACCAGGGAAACCUCCGGAGUGAGGGAGUCCAGGCUCAACGAGUGCAAGGGCGAGUCUCCCACAGCAACCAGAACCCCGGAGAAAAGCAAAGAUUCAGCCAAGAAGAAAGGGAAAGAUGUGGAUAAAGACAGAAAGUCAUCUCAGCCCAAUGCUGUCCAGCCCAACACUUCCAAUCAGCCCACUACAGACAGUAUUUCACCCCCUCCUGCUCCAGAGAUGGUGGUGUGUGCCAGCUACCAGCCACUACACCUCCUGGAGAAGAAGACCUCUGUACUGGGACAGAUGGCGGAUUCGUCGGAGCGGCUGAGGCACUACGGUCUGUCUCGGCUCUACAGCCACCCAGUCCUGGUGACCCGUACCCGCGCCUGCCCUCUGGUGGCACCCCCCAAACCACCCGCCGUGCCCCGCUGGAAACUCAUCCGACCCCGCAAGGAGACCACAAUUACAGACGAGCCCCGGGAGCCUGCGGUGGUGAAACCAGAGCAGUUCAUCGAGAUAUCCAGCCCCUUCCUCAACUACAGGCUGUUGACCAUGCCUGCUGAGAUGGAGGCCCAGCAGAGCAGUCACAGGAAGCGUGCAUGCAGCUCCACGCUGGCGUCCUUCGCCGAGACAGAGGAGAGCGAGAGCCGAGGGGCCCCGGAGCCCAGUACUGCACGACACAGCAUCAACUCACUGUGCGAAGUGGACACAGCUGAGAUUAUAGCAGAUGAGAAGAAGAAGGAUGACAAUACAACCAAUGAUCAGGAGGUGUGUGAGACUGCCCCAGCCACAGAGCGGUCCAAACAGGCUAAGGAGCCCAGCCCGGCACUGCUGAAGUCUCAGGAUUUGUUUGUUUCUGAGAAGCCUAUGUUACAGGAGUCCUGGAGCACCAUCUCCUCCAAAGUGUCAUCCAUGGCUCUGAACUGCCCUGUAGGCUCCACCCACUCUGCUGCUACACCUGUACGCCACCCAGGCUCCUCUGCUGCUGCACAUAUUCAGUCUCCAGAUGAGAAGGGCUCUCACUACCUGUUGGUGGACAGCCUGCAGCCUUCCCACAUCCUCAUCAGCUUCUCUGCUUUGGUACACUGGGGAGAGACAGCCGAUGAGAAGAAGGAGAGUCCUGCGUGCAGGUCCGGAGUUCUCAUAGCAGAGCCCUACUCCUGGAAGAGUCUGCUACGUCAGCUACCUGUCCUCCACAUCCAGACCACUGCCUGCAAGGCUGCCCUGCUGGUCCUCCCCCCUGGGCGUCAUGUCCUGUGCAUCCACACGAGGGCGCCUCUGGGCUACCACGUCCACCUGUACAGCAUGGCACCCUUCGUUUUCGGAGACGAGGAGACCGUCAUGCCUCACCUUGGCAAGGAGAGUGUGCGUUUUUGUGAGCAGGCCCUGUCUAUUCUGAGGGCACUGGGCAGAGUGGUCAGCUCCUUCUCAGAUGAGCUGGAGCUCCCAGCAGCCACCAGGGCUCUGGGGGACACCCACUGUCCCGCUCAGCUCAGCACUGUCGGAGGGCUCCGAGACCACCAGAGGGUGUUUAAUGAAGCGGUGUGUCACAUGAUCUGCGUUGCUCUGGACAGGAAGCUGUCAGCAGAGGAGCUGUUUGCUGUCCAGGCCCUUACCAACGACCCCUCGCUCUCCACCAGCGAGACAAGGGGACUGUCCCCCACAGGUUCAGAUUGUGAGGCACCAGAGGGCUGGGGCAGCAGGAAGCCCACCGAGCAGGAAAUCCAGGCAGCCAGGAUCCUCCAGGCCGGCUUCAAGGGACAUCUAGUCCGCGAGAUCCUCAAUUCUACUAAACCAGGCACAAAGGAGAAUCUCAGUGCCUCAAAGACACUUCAGGAGAUGUGGGCUAGUGUGGAAUCGGAUGCAGAGAAACACGCAGUGUCUUUAUUGAGGUACAUCUUCAGUAACGAUGAGAGGACAGCUGAACUGUACCCCUGCCAGGAGGAUGAGUGGACCAGAAUCACAUUCACUGACUACUCUGUCCCUCUGCCGGAACUGGCCAACUCCUGGCUACUGGUCUUCAGAGAGGUGUUCUUGGUGCCUAAAGAAAUGCUGCUCGUGGCUAAGGUCUACUCCCCAGUCUCCUCCUGUCUGCUCCACGUCAUAGACAACAGCACAGGAGAAGAGCUACCCAGAGUCUUCCAGAGAGUAGAGCCCCACGUCUACAAACACAACCAGCGUGGAUACACCUUUGUGGCGGAGGCCCACACCCCUGACACACCCCUCGUGGGGGCCAAGUGGAGGAUGCGUCUGAUUGGCUCAUGUGAUCUUCCUGACCUGGCACGAGAGGCUCCACUCAACAACUUCUCUGUGAAGGAAUUCAGGGAUUACUACAUUCCCAAUGACAGGAACGUCAUCUGCAGGUAUUCUGUGAAGGUGACUGCGGACCACGCCGGUACAGUCCAGUUCCAGACGUCCAAACCGGAUGUCCACAUCCGCCUCUCCGUCCUGGACCAUGAGGAAGUGGUGGCUAGUAACACUGGGAAAGGCCACGUGGUCAUCCCGGUAUACCACUUCCAGCCUAGCAACCCCGCCUCCUGCGGACCCCCCCAGGCGGAUGGAAAGCAGAGCCAGGAAGAGGCCAGAGUGAUAGGCUCUACCCAGGGAGGAGGGGGCCAGGAAGGCAUGGCCAUAGAGACUCCCCACCUGACCGACCAGACCCAGAACCAGCCUCACACCCAGACCCAGCCGCCCAUGGAGACUAUGGGCCAUAGGUACAUAGUGGUGGCGGAGGUGUUGCAUAAGAGCUGGGCUCUCGACAACUCUCAGAUGGCCUUCGUCCAUACGCUCAGGGACCUGGAGAGGAACGAGAUGAAAGGUACUCACACCAGCCACUCAUAG